AUGGACUUCAACAGCGACUCUCCGUUCCCGGAGGGAGUUAUCUCCUUCUUAGAUACGGAUUUGUAUAAACUCACUAUGCAGUGUGCAGUCCUAAAAUACUACAGCAACACUUCUGUAACAUAUUCUUUUACGAACCGAACUCCGGAGAAAAGACUGUCGAGAAAGGCUUACCAGUGGUUGCAGGAUCAGAUUAGGAAACUGGGCAAUAUUUCACUCUCAGAUGAGGAGUAUCGCUUCUUGAAGGAUAACUGCCCAUACCUUGGUCCUGAAUAUCUGGAGUUCCUCCAAAGCUUCCGUCUGAAUCCAAGGGAUCAAGUCGUUGUGAGCUUUGCACCAGUGGGCAAGGAUGAGGGGGCCGAUUCAGAUGUGGGAGAUAUCGACAUCCAAAUCAAGGGCAAAUGGGUAGAUACCAUACUUUACGAGAUCCCCAUUCUCGCUCUGACGUCUGAGGCAUACUUCCGCUUCAUGGAUACCGACUGGGAUUACCAGGGUCAGGAGGAGCUCGCCUACGAAAAGGGCAAACGCAUCCUCGAGGCCGGUUGCAUAUUGUCAGAAUUUGGCACCAGGCGUCGGAGGGACUACCACACCCAAGCCCUGGUAUUCCGCGGGCUGGUAAAGGCAAGCAAGGAGGCCCAGGAGCGCGGUCUCCCCGGCAAGCUCUCCGGCACCAGCAAUGUGCACCUGGCGAUGCGCUUCAACAUGGCACCCGUCGGUACGGUCGCGCACGAGUGGUUCAUGGGCAUUGCCGCUAUUACGGGCGACUACCGCAGCGCAUCGGAGGAGGCCCUGGCCCGGUGGGUCGGCGCCUUCGGUCCUGGCGUACUGGCGAUCACGCUGACCGACACCUUUGGCACCCCCGAAUUUCUCAAGUCGUUCAGCCGGUCGGUGAGAUGGCUCGAGGAGGCGCACGCGGCGGCGGCGGGCAACGAGUCAAAGACGUACGCGCAGGUGUUUGCGGGGGUGAGGCAGGAUUCGGGAGACCCGGCGACGUUCGUCAGCCGAAUGCGCGAGUUCUACGACCAACAGGGAAUCAAGGACAGGAAGACCAUUGUCUUCUCGGACUCGCUCAACAUCGAUCGCUGCCUGCAGUACAAGCAGGUGUCAGAGGCUGCGGGCUUCCAGCCGACUUUUGGCAUGGGCACCUUCUUGACCAACGACUUUGUUAGCAAGUCGACCGGGAAGAAGUCGACGCCGCUAAACAUUGUCAUGAAGCUGAGCUCUGCGGAUGGCAGGCCUGCAGUGAAGCUCAGCGACAACAUUGGAAAGAACACGGGCGAUGCAAACACCGUCGAGAAGGUCAAACGUGAAAUUGGGUACGAGGAGAAGGACUGGGAGGGCGGUGACGAGACCUCGAGGUGGGGAAAGGAUCCAAACCGUAAUAUUACGUCUUUGCAGGAGCUGAGCGAUCCUGCCACCACCAGUCGCAGUGUCGUCUACCACUUCAAGAGUGGCCUGACCCAGGCUCUCAGAAACACUCUCUCCGAGGUCCCGGAAAGCCCGCCUGGGCGAUCAGGCCCUAUGAAUUCUCAACGGUCCCACGGCGGCGGUGCCUUUGACCGCGAGCGCGAUCCUCGAGAACGUGACCUCGACGAGCACCGACACCGUCCACUUACACAAGAGGAAGCCGCGAAUCGUGACCGUGAGCGAGACAUCGACCGUGAACGCGAGCGGGAACACGCAGACCGGCAGCAGGCACGCGAGGCCUACCCGCCCGGAGCACCUCUUCACAGCACCGCUGGCUCGAUACCAAUCCACCAGCCCGUGGCAUCACGAAUAGCGGGCGUCAUACACAGCCCCGGCGGCCUCCUGGGUGCCCACAACGGCGCGUCCGGCGGCCUGCCUUUGGGCGCACCCACGACGCAGUUAGCUGGUUUCGGCGGGCCGAUGCACAGCGAUCCCGCCAGACAGAUGCCACCCCAACCCCCGAACCAGAACAGCACGGGCGGCCAGCAGCAUCAGAUGUUCGCGCCGAUCCCCCAGCAAGCGGGAGGUCCCAACGGCUCCCUGGGUCCCGGAGGUAGCCCUAGAUCCGUAUUUGGCGGCCCGCUACAGCCAGAGAAUGGUCGGGUACCUGGCCAGCAGGCCCCUCCACCCGCCGUCGUUCCUCCAGCACAAACAAGCUCUGCCGCUGGGCUCUCGCAGCAGGGUUCACAGCCUAUUUUGAAUGAUGCUCUCAGCUACCUUGAUCAAGUCAAAGCUCAGUUUCAUGAACAACCCGAUGUUUAUAACCGAUUCCUCGAUAUCAUGAAAGAUUUCAAGAGUCAAACUAUCGAUACUCCUGGAGUGAUCAAUCGAGUUUCCGAUCUUUUUGCUGGACACCCGAAUCUCAUACAAGGUUUCAACACGUUCUUGCCACCCGGUUACCGGAUUGAGUGCGGGUUGGACAACAACCCCAACAGCAUAAGGGUCACCACACCGUCAGGUUCUACCGUUCACUCGAUUGGGGCUGGAAGGGGCGCACUGCCGCCCGUGGACGGAUCUGCAGGGCCCCCUGGUCAGAACUCACAGUACCUCGGUCCCAACAGCCGGCCAGGGAACUGGCAGCAGUCAGUACAGCACAGUAUCGAAAGUCCUGAAGCCCAGUUCAGCGCACCCGCGCAACAGGGACCUGGUCCAUUUGGCCCUGGCGGCGCUCCAGGCGGCCAAUUUGAUGGUCACAGCCCUGCCCAUCAACAGCGUGUCGUGAGUUCGGGACAGCAACCUGGAGCUCCCAGCUCGGGUCUUGCGGCGGGCCCUGGCUCAGCGCUUCCUGGCCCUAUGGCCAGAAAUGCACAAACCCCGACGCCAGGUGCGCAGCCAGCUUCGUUGAAUGGAAGUGCCUCGCAGCAAGGGGGUCAGCGGGGACCAGUUGAGUUCAAUCAUGCCAUCAGUUAUGUCAACAAGAUCAAGAACCGAUUCCAGGACAAGCCCGAAAUCUAUAAGCAAUUUCUUGAGAUACUGCAGACGUACCAGCGGGAACAGAAGCCGAUCCAAGAGGUGUAUGCUCAGGUUACCACCUUGUUCCAUACAGCCCCGGAUCUACUUGAGGACUUCAAGCAAUUUCUCCCUGAGUCUGCUGCUCAGACCCGCACAUUUGGUCAACGACCCGCCGAGGACGGCGGGCUUCUGAAUCACAUCAACCAGAUGCCACAAGCUACCAAUCCCGCUAGGGAAGGCCCCAAAAUGCCUCCUGUCGGGAACUUUGCCGUCCCGGUCAGUGCCAGCAAGGACAACAAGAAGCGACCGCGAAUAGAAAAGCCACCCAUUGCAACGCCUCAGGCCCAACAGUCGCCGGCUGUUGGUCCCGCGUCUAUCAACAGCGCGAACAAACGGACAAAAACCACACACAAGCCUUCUGGUGAUGGUCCUUCUAUUGAGCCAUCUUUGACCCCGAUCGUACCAGAACCAAUGAGCCCGUCUGCAUCGGCAAGCGUCUCUCAGGAGAAGGCGCUUAACUAUCUCGAGCGUAUCAAGAAGCACAUUGGCAACAGGACGACUCUGCACGAAUUCUUCAAACUCAUCAACCUUUACACGCAGGGCCUGAUUGAUAAGAACGUGCUCGUCCAAAAAGCUCAAAUGAUAAUAGGCGCUAAUGUCGAGCUUAUGACGUGGUUUAAGAACUUUGUUCGAUAUACAGGCGAUGAUGAGUUGGUUGAGAACAAGCCAGAACCUCCAACGGGCCGUGUGUCACUCAGCAACUGCCGCGGAUACGGCCCAAGUUACCGGCUGCUCCCGAAGCGAGAGCGACUAAAGCCAUGUAGCGGGCGCGACGAGCUAUGCAAUUCAGUUCUGAACGACGAAUGGGCUUCUCACCCGACAUGGGCCUCGGAAGAUAGUGGAUUCGUGGCCCAUCGCAAGAACGCCUUCGAAGAAGGUCUUCACCGGAUCGAGGAAGAGCGUCACGACUACGACUUCUUUAUAGAAGCCAAUCAGAAGUGCAUUCAGUUGCUGGAGCCAAUUGCUCAGCAGAUGCUGACCUUGAGCCCUGCCGAGAGGCAGAACUUUAGGAUGCCCAGUGGGCUGGGAGGCCAGAGCACUUCGAUCUACAAACGGGUGCUGAAGAAGGUGUACGGGGCAGACAAGGGGGCUGAAGUAGUCAACGACAUGUUUCAGCAUCCCUUCACGGUGGUACCCAUAGUAAUGGCUCGCCUCAAGCAGAAGGACGAGGAAUGGCGGUUUAGUCAGCGUGAAUGGGAAAAGGUAUGGCAGAGUCAAACAAAAGCGAUGCACCUGAAGAGUCUGGAUCACCAGGGAAUCCAGGUCAAGGGUAACGAUAAGCGGACCCUGUCUGCCAAACACCUGGUUGAUUUGAUCAAGACCAAGCACGAGGAGCAAAAGCGGCAACGGGUCAACAAGGGCAAAGCGCCAAGGUUCCAGCACCUUUGGUCGUUUACGGACCAGGGAGUUCUCCUGGAUUUACUCAGGUUCAUGGUCCUGUAUGCAAUGAACAGCGGGCAGCACGGGUCUUCUGAGAAGGAAAGGAUUCUAGAGUUCUUUGAGAACUCUGUGCCACAGUUCUUUGGAAUACUUCCCGAGCAGGUCCGUCAGCACCUUGGCGAUAUUGACCGCGAUGCUGGCGAGGAGGAAGCCGAUGAUAAUACACCUGCUGAAUUGACCAACGGCCGAAGCCGCCGGAAUGGCAAGAAAUCAGACCUCCUUCGUGGACUCUUGGACCCAGGUCGCAACGGCAGCAAGACUAGAAGUCAGCCCGAAGAAAGCAACACAUCAGCCAGCAAGGAAACCACGCCCGAUCAGGGCUCUGCCAAUGAGGAGGAGAUGGCCGAUGCGCCCGAUGAUGGUUCUGCUACCGCAGAGAACGGCAACAACGAGCGGUGGCUGCAGAAUCCUCCAAAGGCAACCGUAUUGUCUGGUCACAAUCCUCUGAGCGACGGCGACGGCGAGCUGAAGGCCGACGGGCUCUUCCCACGGCCGUGGUACAAUUUCUUCUGCAACCAGACGAUAUUUGUCUUCUUCAGCGUCUUCCAGACAUUGUACAAGCGCUUGAAGACCGUCAAGGAAAGCAAGGAGAGCGUGCUAGAGGAGAUCAGGCGAGAGAAGGCAGACAAGCCUGCCAAGCAGUUGGGACUGGUCCACGAUGAGAUGAACUACUUUGAUGGUGAUCCCGAGACAUUCUGGCCGAGGACAGUUGAGCUUAUCGAAGAUUUCAUCACGGGUGAAAUAGAUGAGAGCAGGUAUCAAGACGUCCUACGCCAUUACUAUCUGCAGUGUGGUUGGACAUUGUACACCAUCCAGGACUUGCUCAAAACCCUGUGCCGGCAAGCUCUCGUUUGCAACAACUCUGACAACAAGGAGAAGACACCGGACCUUGUUCAGCAAUUCCUGACCGCCAAGAGUCAGGAGGAGACGAGUUAUCAGGUUGAGAUCAGUGCCCGCAAAUUUGCGGAAAAGUGCAUCAAGGACGGGGAGAUGUUUAUGAUUACCUGGGCUCCAAGCAGCAAUGAGGCAACGGUACGCUGGUUACCAAAGGAUGACACGACCUUCCACGCGGAAGAAAUGGAGCCGACGGAUCGCUGGAGGUACUACAUCGCUUCCUACAUGCGAGUCGACCCGACUGAGGGGGUGCCUAAGCUACGUCUCCAAAAGACGGUUUUAGCACGCAACCUACCAUCCUCGGACUCGGACUCGGAUGACGGCGCUGUUCCUAAGCCGCUUUCUUAUAACGAAGGUCUCGGCCUGCGGAUCUGCGUCAACUCGUCCAAGAUAGUAUAUGAGAAGGAGACGUCCGAGUACAUGAUCUACAACAUGACGUCACUCUCGGAGGAGAGGCGUGCCUUUGAUCGGGACCGGCGCGCUCAACUAUUCCGCGAGAAGCUGAUCAUGAACAACGCCUGGAUGAAGGACCUGAGCCAGGUUGAGGUUCAAGGAAUGAAUGAGGAUUUCCAGCGGUGGGCUAAGGACGGCAUUGCACCAGGCACCUCAUCGACGGGCGGUGCUGGUGGAUCUUCUACAUAG